UAAGGGUACAGGUAGAGCAUUCGAGAAAACCAAUACUACCUCAUUCUUUCUAUUCAUUUUCAUUCACGAUUCAUUUCCUUCUGCUUCCCACACAUAUUCACACUCGCUCUUCAUUGUUCACAGGCUGCUUCGAUUUCAUUGUUUCAUUCCUCGACGCAACCACCACAUUCGUUGACCACUUCGUCGUACAACAUUGCCGAGUCAAUUCUCCUUAUUUCCAGGUUCAUUCGCUUGACAUACCCGACUGCAGCACUCUGUGAGACUGCUUCGAUUCCAACCAGCAUACACCUCUCUGGCAGAGUAUCCGUGUUUGUCGACAGAGUCACUUGGCUGAAUAGACCAAUUUCACUUGGGCUUCACCGCCCACACACCUUGACCCCCGGUGACAUCACCCACAAAGGUCAUGUCACAAAAAGUUCAUUACAAGAGAUUCUCCCGAGACGGAUUCCAACCACUGACACACAAAACAUCUCGAGAAAUGACCAACCCCAACGACAUUACGAUCGAUAUUCCUAUGACCCGUGUGGCCACCAGCAACAGCGCUACUGGUGCCCGGCGUCCAGACCUCUCCCCAAGCCAUGCCGAACAAGAUGCAGAUCUGCCUGAAGAGAUGGACGAGAAGACCGGACACCUACACGGACACCACCUUCACAAUGGACCUGGCGGUAGACGAAGAAGAUACAAAGAGCAAGGAAUGGAGAACAAGACCAAGGACGAUGGCACUCUCAAUGCAGUCGGCAGACUUUACAAGAAAAUUUACAAUGCUUCGGUCCUUACCCGCUACUUCAUAUACGUGGCCCCUCUGGCUUUGGCAAUCGCCGUCCCUAUCGUAAUUGGCGCCUCUGUCGCUCCCAAGGCAAGAAUCGGAGGAGUCAAGAUCGUUUGGUUCUUCACAUGGAUCGAAGUGCUGUGGGUGUCUCUAUGGGUGUCAAAAUUGGUGGCCAGAUUUCUGCCCUACCUCUUCCAAUUUUUCAGCGGCGUGGUCAGUUCUGGCACUCGAAAGUACGCUCUCGUACUUGCUGCUCUCGAAAUCCCCCUGUCCUUAGUCGGCUGGGCUGUCACCUCGCUCACGACCUUUGUUCCACUCAUGACAUUGAAUCCGGAUCAGAGAGCACGUGGGGAGACAAGCCUUAAGCCAUGGGAGUCCAUUAUCAAGGAUAUCCUCUUCGCCACCCUGUUUUCAACAUUGGUUUUUCUAGGCGAGAAGUUCCUCAUUCAGCUUCUCUCCAUCAGCUAUCACCGGAAGCAAUUCGACGACAGGAUCAAGGAGUCCAAGAGGCACGUGUACCUCCUCACUCUGCUGUAUCAGGCUUCUCGAAAAAUGUUCCCAAUGUAUUCGCGAGAAUUCCUUGAAGAAGACUACUUAAUCACCGAUAUCCUUGACCUUGCCGAUGCCAGCAAACGAAGCAGCCUUCUCCUCAAAGGACACAAGAGAUCUGGGUCUGCCACGCCUAUGAGGCUCAUCCAAAAUGUUGCCAGAGUGGGUGAUAAAGUCACGUCGGCCUUUGGCAACGUCGCCCAAGAAAUCACAGGGAAGAAAGUCUUUAACCCAACUGCUGCACACUCUGUCGUUGUGCAAGCCCUGGAGAGGAAACAUUCGGCCGAGGCUCUCGCUAAGCGGAUUUGGAUGUCAUUUGUUCUCGAAGGCAAGGAUGCGCUGAGCAUUGACGACCUCGUUGAUGUGCUCGGGUCUGAACAAGAAGCCGAAGCGCACGAGGCAUUCGAGGUUCUGGAUGUGGACUCCAACGGCGACAUCUCACUGGAUGAAAUGAUACUUCGUGUCACCGAGUUUGGUCGGGAACGCCAAUCAAUUGCCAGCAGCAUGCACGACGUCGACCAAGCCAUCAAUGUGCUCGAUAGCCUACUGUGCACCGUCGUGUUUGUGGCUGUCAUUUUUAUCUUCGUUGCUUGGCUCAACAAGAACUUUACGACGACUCUUGCAACAGCAGGUACCGCGCUUCUUUCGAUGUCCUUCGUCUUCUCAGUCACCGCCCAGGAGGUCCUUGGCUCUUGCAUCUUUCUGUUCGUCAAGCAUCCUUUCGAUGUGGGCGACCGAGUCGAUGUCGGCGAUAACCAGUAUGUGGUAGAGCGUAUGUCUCUACUAUAUACUGUGUUCCGGCGCGUCAAGGACCAGAAACGGACGCAAGUUCCUAAUAUUGUACUCAACUCGAACUGGAUCGACAACGUUUCUCGAAGCAAAGCCAUGCGGGAACAAAUUAGCAUCUUUGUCGCCUUUGACACCACCUUUGAGGAUAUCGACCUGCUGAAGAAAGAGAUGACGAAUUUCGUUCGCGACAAGGAUAAUGCUCGUGACUUCCAGCCCGACAUUGACAUCGAAGUCCUCGAUAUAGCUGAUCAGAGCAAGAUGGAGUUGAGACUCGAGAUCCGCCACAAGUCUAAUUGGGCCAACGAAUCAGUCCGAGCUGCCAGAAGAAGCAAGUUUAUGUGCGCGCUCACUCUGGCGUUGCGUAAGAUCCCUCUGUAUGGACCCGGUGGUGGUGGUCCUGCUGCUGGCGACAGAGCCAACCCAACCUAUUCGGUGGCCAUUACCGAUGAUAUUGCAAAGAAAAACAAGGACGAGUUUGACGAGAACCAAGACAAGAACAGACUGGUGCCCUUGAAACCACAGAAUCGGGUCCAGAAGGGUCUGGAAAAGACCGAUUCCAGGAAGACAGACUACCUUGGAAUGUCAACAGGAGUGGAAGCAAAGGAGGCCGCGGCUAUGGAUCAUCUGACCAAACGUGACGUCGCCGUCGACCCAGCAGAACCACUCGACCAACAUCAAGAGCUUCUUCUGAACAAGCAACGAUCGGAGGACGUGGAAGAGGUGAAGAACCUGUUGAAACGUGAGUCCACUACUGGCCGUCGCCGCGCAGCUCGUCACAGUGGUCUGUCCAUGGAAGAGAGCUCUGACGUCGCUCGUUUGGGCUCCCGUACCAUCCCUCGCAUCGCUGAACCGUCACCCCAAGUACCGAUGGAGGCUUCGCAACCGGAGAGAGUCAGUUAUUUCGAAGACGGAAACCAAGCAAUGGCUCACCCCUCAGCAUCACAGCAAGGCUGGACCAAUGUGGCACCUCUGAACUACGCGCAAGCCUCGGCCAGACCUAUGUCACCACAAUCAUAUCAACCGAAUGCACCAACGGCAUCGCCAUCAGCGAGCAGUGCCAGUCCAAGUCGAUAUGUGCCCGGUAACGCUUUCUCACAGCAACUGCAUUCUCCUCCGCAGCUUCAGCGCGUGCCAGUGCCAGGUAUGCCACAAAUGAAGCGGAAUUUGACACAACAGCAAAGUCCGCCACAAUGAGAUCACGAAGAUUCCGCCACAGACACGAUACACAUGAUUUUGGGCGGGACAAGAAAAUGGGCUCGGAUGAGGCGUACGUAAUUUAGACCAAGGCAAGCUGGGUGCGCGAUGGAGCCCUGCAACUACUGCAGUGGUUCAUAGAGGUUUUGUGGGAGGACCGUUGUCAGAUUACUGAGAGAUGUAAGAUCCUGCGCUGAUAGUGUGUGAAUUGUUGGAACCUUGGGCAGAACUGCUACAGAUCCUUGAGGACAGCCAUUCCAGCGGCCUUUCAUGCAUCAUUCAGUCGAUCCAGAGCAAUACAUCGUAUUAAUAUCUCUUACGCAAGGAGUUGACUAAGAAUACAGGUAUAUCUCGUGCUUAUAAAAGCGAAGAGGAGUAUCAUGAAGCAUGUCAUCCGGGUGACUCUGCGACCCCC